UCCAAGGUGUGCGCAGCACCGGACUGAGGAACCGGCACAGUUCAGCGCGGCGGGAUGGCAGAAUGUGAAUUGCGACGGCGCCUUCAAGCUGCCAGAGACGAGCAGGAUGCAGGGGAGAUCCGGCUUAUUCUCCUGGGACUGACCGGCAUGGGAAAGAGUGCUUCCGCAAACACUAUCCUGGGGUGUAACGUCUUUCAGUCAAAGGCUGGUGCAUCAACAAUAACUCAACAGUGCAGGAAAAAGACAAGAUUGGUUUUAGGCAGAAAACUGACUGUGAUCGACACCCCAGGGUUGUUUGACCCUAACAGUGAUGAGAAGGAAGUUAAGACAGAGAUUGGGAAGAGUGUUUGCUAUUCUACUCCAGGGCCACAUGUCUUCCUCCUGGUUUUGACAGUGGGGAGGUACACCCAAGAGAACAAGAAGACAGUGAAGGAGAUCAGUAACCUGUUUGGUAGUGUUGCAACAAAGUACACUAUGGUUCUCUUCACCCGUAUUGAUGACUUGGAGGGGCAGACCCUGGAGAAUUUCAUUGUCCAAGACAGUGUGUUCACAAGUCUGGUUGAACAGUUUGGAAACAGGUUCCACGGCUUCAACAAUAGAGACAGGAGUAAUGACACCCAGGUAGAGCAGUUCCUGGAAAAGGUAGAGGUCCUGAUGAGGAGCAACAGUGGCCACUUCUACACCAACGAAAUGUAUGAAGUGGCAGGGAAAGCAGUUCAGCAGAAGAUGGAAGAGAUCCUGACGGAGAGGAUGGCCCAGAUCCAGGCUGAGGAAGAAAAGCUGAAGAAAGCCCACAGAAGCGAUCCGACGGCCAUGAGAGAAGCAGUUGAAGAGCUCUGGGUUAAAGAGGUGAAGAAGGCCAGGAAGAAAGCAGAGGAAGACAACUCGUUCAUAACAAGAUUAAAGUCUUAUGGAAAAAGAAUCCUCAGUUUUCUACGUGACCUACUGAGUCAAUGCUUCAAUGGAAGUUAUGAAAGAGUUAAUGAGAAUGAUUAGCUGAAAAGAAACUCCAUAAAAACCCUUAUUCCAAGGUGAUUCUUUUACUAAAACUAUUUUUAAAGUCUUUCUUCCUAUUAAUAAAUGAAUACUAGCUUUAUUAAUAAGGUGUGUUUGCACAAACUAAAAAUGUUUCAUUAUAAAACAGACUGACGACAAGAAUUGUGCUUAAUUAUUAGCACCAUUACGUAAACAACAAUUCGU